UCUCCACGAGUACAUGCCCCUCGUGAAGGACCUCCUCCACCCAUCCCUGGAAGAGAAGAGGAAGCCGAGGAAGAAACGCCUGGUACAGAGCCCCAAACCCUACCCCAUGGAUGUGAAGUGCCAUGCAGAGACAGUAGUUUUGUGUGUUGGCUGCCCCACUGUCCUUUGCCAGCCCACAGGAGGAAAAGCAAGGCUUACAGAAGGAUGCUUCUUCUUAAGGAAGCAGCACGAAAGCAUCCUGAAUCAAGGUGAUGCCUUCGACGCCCUCUCCACUCCCUUUCUGCAGUCUGUGGCCUUGAGUUUAGCUAUUUUUUAA